GUUUGUUAUGUUGUGGAUUUUAAGGUUUUAGUUGAAUUGUUGAUGUGUAUUUUGAGUAUUCCUUUCAAUAUUUGAAUUAUGAACUGAGGACAUGAUUUCAUUCGAUGAGAAAUAUGCAUAGUGACAGUGAUUCAGAAGAGUUUUAUGAUGCACAAGAUGAUUUAACUAGUAACAAUUCCAGAAAGGGAAACAGGCCAUCUAGGGAUAGUUUGACAAAACGUGCUACUUCUGAGCCGAACAUUUCAGGAUUGAUCGAAGAAAAAAACACAGUUGAGAGUGAAACAAAACAUGUUCUACCUGGAGGUAGGAAGAAGUUCAAAGAAUUACGACAGCGACUCCAAAACGAUGAAGAAGAUUACCAAGCCAGCAAUAUCUCUCCUCCGGGCAGCCAUACUUCCUCAGUGGAUGGAGUGUUUGCAGCGUCCAGCAGACAAUCUCAUCCCUUCAGGAUCAUCGAGCACGAUACCAUAAGCCUGCAAAGCCUCAAUUCCUUAGGGCGGAUCGGUCGGAUAUUGGGUGGCGUAGCAGAUACUGGCAUUCCAGCCGUUCCCGCCGACCAUGGGCGAAAACCGACCCCCACGACCGCCCUCUCCUCCAGCUCCCUGGACUCCACCUCCACCGGCAGCUCCAGGCAGUUCUCCAAACAUCCGAGCACGGCGACGCUAUCGCCGGCCGGCCCGGCGGACGAGCCGGCGCCCCGUCCGCCGCUCCAAGAGCCCGACGUCAUCGCCAGCACGAAGGCUGGCGCCGGAUCGAAGGUCGGUGCCGGGUCGCCGCGGGGCGAGCCGAACGCCGGGCAGAUGUGCCGGGAUGCGCCGGUCGCGCCGCCCAGACGCAAGAAGAAGAGCCAGGUACCGACCGUUUUGCAACUUUCGAAAUCCUCUUCCGUCACCACCUUCCAAUCCACCGACCUCGAUAGCCCGGCCAGCACUAUCGCCUCCCUCACCAGGGACCUCGAGCACACCUUGGACCGCUUGCCCUCCACCAAAUCCGAAGGCCGCACCGCUCCUCCUUCGAAUCGCCCCGCCCCAUAUUCCGACCACCCCGCCUACUAUUCCGAUCGGCCCGCCCACUCUGCCGACCACUUAUCAGACGACUAUCCUCGCAGAGGCUCCGCCUUCUUGUCCGACUACUCGUUGGACAUCGGGCAGUUGCGGCUGCUGGCCGGGCAGUUUGUGGUGAAGCCGCAAGAGGGGGAAAGUGGGAGUGGAGGGGAAGGUGAGGAGGGCGGGGAGGGUUUGGGCGUGUUGGCGCAGCUGGGCGAGGAGGAGAGUCCGAGAGGGUCGGCGACGCGGGGUAGCAUGGGUCAUUACAGCUUGGGUCCUCACAGGGGAACACACCAAUACGAACAUAGAAAGACGGCGAGCGAAAGAAGAAGGUCCGCAGGGGACGAGAACUUCUUCAGGAGCCUGUCGCACGUGCGCACUCACACCAAUUCCGGCAAGCAGUUGUCCGAUCUAGAAAUCCUCGAACAGGUGACAGUCCUGAACCUGGACACUGGCGAGCGCGUGCCCCUUAGCGUCGCAGAGGACAAGAUCCCGCAGUGCCUCAACCCGCUAUCGUUGCACAUCAUGCGCAUCACGUCGGAGUACGUGAGCGGUUCGGGAGCCGAAAAGGAGAAGGAAUCCGACGAGGAGAGCGUCGACAACAGGAAGACGGAGGUGUUAGUGGGUGAGAACGGUUUGGAGGGUGGAGGUAUCAAGCAGAAAACUGCUAAACUGAAGAGGUUUUUGGGGUCGACUGUGAAGAAGACGAUGAACCGAGCUAAAACCAUUGCACAAGAAGUUUCCCAUGCACGCCAUAAAGAGGACAUCAUUGAUAUUGUAGAUAAUGUUCAUCCUGGGGAACAAACUUAUAAAUUGAAGGCUUCCAACUCUCAUAAGGCACCAUUCGAAUUCGAGAAAAUUGAACACGUACAAGAACUGAAAGACAGUCAACACGAAGGUCCUAUAUGGUGCAUGAAGUUCUCUGGCUGCGGGAGGUUAUUAGCAACUGCCGGCCAGGAUAAAAUAUUACGAAUUUGGAUUGUUCGAGAUGCAUUUCCAUUUUUCCAAGAUAUGCGCACCAAAUAUAACGCCGAGAAAGUCUCCCCUACGCCAUCGCAAGAGUCCCUCGCCUCCCACCACUCCACCGACCAGUCCAUCCACGCCGCCUACGAGGGACUCACCGCCGACGAGGUCAACAAACUGACCUUCAUGCCGAAGCCCUUCUGCACCUACGCCGGCCACACAUCCGACCUAUUGGACGUCUCGUGGUCCAAGAACUACUUCAUACUGUCCUCGUCGAUGGACAAGACCGUCAGGCUGUGGCACAUAUCGAGGAAGGAGUGUCUGUGUUGCUUCCAGCAUAUCGAUUUUGUGACUGCGAUUGUGUUUCAUCCGCGCGAUGACAGGUACUUUCUGAGUGGAUCACUGGAUGGCAAGUUGAGGCUGUGGAACAUCCCUGACAAGAAGGUCGCCGUAUGGAACGAGGUGGAAGGCAACCCGAAGCUGAUAACGGCGGCGAAUUUCUGCCAGAAUGGCAAAUUUGCCGUGGUCGGCACCUACGACGGCCGCUGCAUCUUCUACAUCACCGACCAGCUGAAGUACCACACACAGAUCCACGUGCGCUCGUCCAGAGGCAGGAACGCGGUCGGGAGAAAAAUCAGCGGCAUCGAGCCGAUGCCCGGGGAGGACAAGAUUCUGGUCACGUCGAACGACAGCAGGAUCAGGUUGUACGAUUUGCGGGACUUGAAUGUAUCUUGCAAAUACAAGGGCUACGUGAACACGAGCAGUCAGAUCAAGGCGAGCUUCAGUCACGACGGCAAGUACAUAAUCAGCGGAUCGGAGAACAGGGACAUAUACAUAUGGAAGACCAACCACGACUACUCCAAGUUCUCGUCGGCGAGGAGGGACAGGAACGACUAUUGGGAGGCCGUGAAGGCACACAACGCGGUAGUAACUUGCGCCAUCUUUGCGCCUAACCCCGAAGCUAUCAUCGGGAUGCUCGAGGAGAAUGCCAGACAGAUAGAGGAAGAGAAGGUAGAAGAUCCUGUAGUGGAACAACAUACUAAGGGUCGAGGUGGCUAUGUUUUAAUUUCAGCUGAUUUUGGGGGUUGUAUCAAAGUAUUUAUAAAUAAGACAAAGCCAAAGCAUAGUUCUUUACCCGUGUCAGCAUUGGCAUGAAUUAUUCUAUUCUUCACUUAAUUAAUUUGCUUGCCGUGAUAACUCCAUUAUAUUUUGACUGGCUAACAUUUUUGAAGUCAUUCAUUUAUUGAAUUUAUUUGUAAUAUAUAUUUUAUCUAUGU